GUGACCGGUAAAGGAGGCCGUGUGGAAGACCUUUGGUCAAUGGAAUUAAACGGCAACAUGUACCAACCGAGCAGAUACAUGGACGUCUGUUUACUGUCCAGCUGGUGAACGUCAGAUGCCACGUACAUUGAUUAAAAAUCAGAAACGGAAGAGGUGAUGAAAAGGUGAUUCGUGGCCUGAGUGAAGAAAAGAAAGUCCAAUUGUACCACGUCCCUGCAGGCCUGGAGAAGUGUUUGUUUUUCGCAUUUCCUUUGGAUGAGCGGCACACGAGACGCCAGAGACUUGUCCAGAUUGGAAGUUGUCUUUACAUUUGUGGUGCAGUGAAGAAGAGGGAUUUCCUCAGCAGGGAUAUAUAGAGACCAACAGCACACGUGGAAAAAGGAGAGUAAAUAUAAAGGUAGUAAAGGGAAUAUGCGCAGCGAGAAAUAAAAUAGCAAUAAGAGAACUGCAGUGUAGCAUGCGGCCGGAGAGGACCAAUGAUGUGUGAAGGCGAUGGCACAGCAUUUUGAUGUGAAAGUAGAAGAGAGCAGUUUGUAUCAUUAAAGCAAUCAUCUGUUGAAAGAAAACCUGGAUGCAAUGAAAUAAAGAAUUUGAUGAUCAGGUGGAGAUCAUUCCAGUGUAUACCCAGAAACUUAAGUUUCUCAGUUGGUCAAUGAGCUGCCAACAACAAACACCCUGUGCUUGGUAAACUCUCUAUUGGUGAAUUAACAGCCAUGGCAGUUUGCUGAGUCAUUAAGAAACAUGUUGUACUAUGCAAUCUGAAGUCACAGGAUGGAUCAUUUUCCAGCAACAAACACAGCUUUAUUGAAACUUCACAAGGACAUCACAAGUAUGUUUCACUUUCAUUUUUAAGGAAUUGAAGCAGUAACUCGAUGUCGAAUGGUCCCUUGACAAACUACAUCCAAGUGAAAUGGUUUUGAGAGAUCAAUGAAGUGAAGAUCUCCAUGUCUGCAAGUGGAUUCUGAAGGGUAUUAUCUGUUUUGUCUCAUCAUUCAUGCCAUUCGUCUGACAAGGACGUUUGUGGAAGCUAAAUGCAUCUAAACCCACAGCAGCUUCUGUUAAUGGCUACAAAAUGAAGGCCCAAUUACAGAUAAUAGUUUUGUCAGCUAAGCUGAAAGAGAACAAGAGGAACUGGUUCGGGCCUAGUCCAUAUGUGGAGGUAGCCGUAGAUGGUCAGUCCAAAAAAACCGAGAAGUGCACCAACACACACAGCCCUAAAUGGAAGCAGCCCCUCACAGUAAUCGUUACCCCCUUCAGCAAGUUAAUUUUUCGUGUCUGGAGUCAUCAGACCCUCAAAGCAGACAUUUUGUUGGGAAUGGCAACUUUGGAAGUCAGUGAGACCCUUAAAUCGAACGACAUGAAGAUUCACGAGGUUAUCCGGACUCUGCCUCUGAGUACAGCUGUAGAUAGCAGUGACGUGGUUGGAGAUCUGUCUGUGUGUUUGGAUGGAAUGCAAGUGGAUCCUGAAACAUUUGCUUCUGAGGAACAGAAGCACAAUGGUCUACCAAAUAGGGAAUCCCACCAAGAGCCAGCUGGAAGAUCAAGUCGAGAUUCCUCACCCUCCAGUGACAAUGCUGAUGAUUCCUCUCUGCCCAAUGGUCAUGCUGUGGGAAGUAAAGGGUCCCCCUUAACUUCUACAGGUGCACUGAGACCCCCAAGGCCUCCCAGACCCCAGAGACCACCUCCUCCCUCUCCUCAGAGACCACACUCCACAGCCUCUUCUACUGGCUCUACUCCCACCCAUGGCAGUGGUGGUCCAAGUCCAGACUCAUCACCACGCUUAUGUGUAAACGGAGAGGCAGCAGGCCAGGGAUCAAACUCGGGGUCAGGGCCAGCCCUUAGAGUGAGCCCCACUCCCCGCCGAGUGUCCCCCAUCAACAACGGCCCACUUCCUCCUGGCUGGGAGCAGAGGGUGGAUCAGAAUGGUCGUAUCUAUUAUGUGGAUCACAUUGAGAAAAAGACCACCUGGGAGAGGCCUGAACCUUUGCCUCCUGGCUGGGAGCGUCGUGUGGACCCAAUGGGAAGAGUGUAUUAUGUGGAUCACAUUAGCCGGAGCACCACGUGGCAGCGGCCCACCGCAGAAUCUGUGAGGAAUUAUGAGGAGUGGCAGAACCAGCAGAGCCAGUUACAGGGAGCCAUGCAUCAAUUUAACCAGAGAUUUAUCUUUGGGCUACAGGAUCAGCUAGGGCCAGCUCCUAAUAAAGAGUUUGACCCGCUGGGUCCUUUACCACAGGGAUGGGAGAAGCGAACUGACACAAAUGGAAGAAUGUACUUUGUUCAUCAUCCUACACGUUCAACACAGUGGGAAGAUCCUCGUACUCAGGGGUUGUUGAACGAAAAGCCCCUGCCAGAAGGCUGGGAGAUGCGGUUCACAGUGGACGGGAUUCCAUAUUUUGUUGACCAUAACAGAAGAACAACCACCUACAUCGACCCUCGCACUGGCAAAUCCUCACUUGAGAAUGGCCCUCAGAUAACCUAUGUGCGUGACUUUAAAGCUAAAGUGCACUAUUUCCGCUUUUGGUGUCAGCAACUGGCAAGGCCUCAGCAUAUCAAAAUCCACGUCAGUCGCAAGACACUGUUCGAGGAUUCAUUUCAGCAGAUCAUGAGCAUUCAUCCACAUGAUCUAAGGCGAAGACUGUGGAUCAUCUUUCCAGGGGAGGAGGGACUGGACUAUGGAGGAGUAGCGCGGGAAUGGUUUUUCCUGUUGUCUCAUGAAGUUUUGAACCCCAUGUACUGUCUUUUUGAAUAUGCGGGUAAAGACAACUACUGUCUGCAGAUCAACCCUGCCUCGUCCAUAAACCCAGACCACCUCAAAUAUUUCAAGUUUAUCGGAAGAUUUAUUGCCAUGGCUUUGUUUCAUGGGAAAUUCAUAGACACCGGCUUCUCUCUGCCCUUCUAUAAGCGGAUCUUAAACAAGCCUCUGGCUCUGAAAGACCUGGAAUCCAUUGACCCUGAGUUUUACAACUCUCUGAUCUGGAUCAAGGAGAACAAUUUGGAGGAGUGUGGGCUGGAGAUGUAUUUCUCAGUGGAUAAGGAGAUCUUGGGCGAGAUCACAACUCAUGAGCUGAAGCCAGACGGUGGAAACAUUCUUGUAACAGAGGAAAAUAAGGAGGAGUAUAUCAGACUGGUGGCAGAGUGGAGGUUAUCCAGGGGCGUUGAGGAACAGACUCAAGCUUUCUUUGAAGGUUUUAAUGAAGUCCUGCCUCAGCAAUACCUGCAGUACUUUGAUGCCAAAGAGCUGGAGGUGAUGCUGUGUGGAAUGCAGGAAAUUGAUCUUUCAGACUGGCAGAGGAACACAAUCUACAGACAUUAUGCUCGCAGCAGCAAGCAGAUUAUCUGGUUCUGGCAGUUUAUAAAAGAAAUGGACAAUGAGAAGAGGAUGCGUUUGCUGCAGUUUGUGACUGGGACUUGCAGGCUUCCUGUUGGGGGGUUUACCGACCUCAUGGGAAGCAAUGGGCCACAAAAAUUCUGCAUUGAGAAAGUGGGAAAAGAGAACUGGCUUCCAAGGAGCCACACAUGUUUCAACCGUUUGGAUCUUCCUCCCUAUAAGAGCUACGAGCAACUCAAAGAAAAGUUGAUGUUUGCCAUCGAAGAGACGGAAGGCUUCGGCCAAGAGUGAUGCGUACAUCUGCACUCCUGCAUGUCCUUUGCACGUCUCCAUGGCAGCAGUUUACCAUUCAGACUUUCCUGAGAGAAUGCUGCUGAAAUGAAUGAAAGAGAAAGUUGAUGUGAGGAAAGAAAGAUUCUUGAAAACUCAAUUUCUUCAUCACAUUACUUAGGCUCACAUUUCCCCCCUGAUUUGAGAUGCAUUGUUUGACAUUUCACUCCUUCGUAAUAAUGCUGCCUUUGUUAUUCAUCUAUGCACCAAAAUCCCUGGGCUUAAAUAAACGCAUCCUCACUUAAGACAUACACACAGACCCUGUCCAGGAUAUGCACUCUGGUUGCCUGGAUUCAUGAUUAGUAUCCUACAGGACUGUUUUUGUUUUGUUUGUUUUAACUUUACACGUGUCUCAUUUACAGUUGGGCACUUACUUAUAUGUAAGUACAUAUAAGUAAUAUACAGCAAAUAUAAUAGCUCGACUGUGUUAUAUUUAGUUUUAUUUUUUAUUCAUAAUACUUUAUGGGCCAUUAAUUAUUUUUGUAGGUGAGUGAGUCUGCUAAAUUUUUGAAUUCUGAUGAGAAGGUUAUCAUACUGGUAAUCCACUUUGAGAUAUCAGCUAAGGAAAUUAUCUAAAGAGGUAAUGGCAUAUAAGCAUAUGUAAAUGGCUUACAAUCCAAGAAUAGUGAUUAGUAGUUCUACACUCCUAAAAAGAAUAAGCAUCAAGUUUUAAUCUCCACAUGACUGGAACAAAAUUUCCUAUUUUAGAAAUGGCUGCAUGCUUUUAGUGCAAGUUAAGCCAUCUACUUUUGGUGAACCAAAUUAUCAGAACAUAUGAAAUAAGUUGGGUGUGAUGAUCCAAGUUCUUGUGUCUGAAAUGAAAUACAAGUCUCCUAUUUUUUGAAAACUUUUUUUUUUUUAAUGAGCAAGGCAGAAGAUGGAUUCCUAUAUUAAUACUAGGACCUACGUGUAAAAUGAGAUUUAAUGGUUAAUGCAAUUAUGCUUCAGUUUAGGAAAUAAAAGUAAUAGAAAAAAGGUUGAGUUCCAGUUUGACAGGGUUUUUUUCUCUCUGCAUCAUCAACCCCUGAAAUGUUCGGAAGUGAGCCUAUUUUUAUUAGAUGCACGUCUGACCAUGCACUUGUCACUUUCUGAGCAUGUUCUCAGCACAUUUAUAUUUCGGCAAAACUGUCCUAAAAAAGCUCUAUCCCUUUAAACAUCCUACCAGGCUUUAAUGUAAACAUCAAAUAAUAAAAUUACCAAUAAUCAUUUGCUUGGGCAUUUCAGAUCUUCUACUGCUCAGAGGUGCUUCAUUUGCAUCCAUAAUGUUUUCCUUUUACAUAAAUCGUCGGUCCGGUGUUUGCUUUAGGAAUUAGAAUCAUUUGAAAAAAUGCGAUGCACUGUAUAAAUAUUAUGUUAAUAUACUGUACAACUUCAAAAAGCUAAUUCUAUUCUGAUCACAUCUGUGUUCAAGAAACAUAAAUCAUUACAUUUCUUAAUAGAAAGGUUAGUAUAGCACUAGCUUUAACCCCUUAUAGAGGUAAUAAGAGAGCUUGAAACCUCUUUAAUAGGCUAUACAACACCCCCCUUCGCCCUCUAAACUGUGAGUCUGUGUCAUUUACGUCGGUGUUGUAGUACCUAUUUUCUUAAUUAGUUUUGUUCAUAAAACUAAUGGCUAUGCCUGAAUAAGUCAGGCUUGUUAACAUUAUUUCAUUGUAUCAGCACAUCAAUAAAUCAGACAAAUGCACUCCAGUUUGAAUGAUGUGUCUGUUUGAGAAUAAGUAAACAAAUGACCAAUCUGUGGAUUCCUGGCUAAUUACCAGAUUAACCGGCCUGACAUUAAAAUUAUGCAAAAUUACGAUAUCAUGUUAUGGUGUACAGUAAAUGGAUUGUUAUACUGAACUUUAAAUGAAUGAAAUGAUGUGAAAUCAACAAUUUAUUGUGUAAAAGUAGUAGUUCCUAUUUUUUAAAAGAGCUACUAUGUUCAGGAGUCUUUUUACUAUUGUUUUAAAAGUAUGGUUCAAAUUUAAAGAUGGCACAAUGCACAACUGACUGAAUAAUGUAUUUACCCCCUAGUUGAUAUUGAUUUAAAGAAUUCACAUAUCAAUAUUAAGAUUACUUCCUGUGAUCUGCAGAUAAUGAAGUCUAACUGUUCUGGGAUGAUUUGUCAUCAAAUCAUCUGAGAGCAAUUAGAGCUUCAUUAUCUGCAAAUAUCAGGACACAGUUAACGUUAUCAUGUCUUAAAAACUGUUGGAAAGCAAGAUGUUUCAGACUGUUUCAUCUCUUCAUUUUAUUAUCUAACAAUGACAGUGUAAAUCUUGUAACAUUUAGCUUAUCUUUUAAUAAGUGGGUUUUAAUGUUAUUUUGAAUGAAUUUUAUUUUUCUUAUGUGAAUGUGUACAGUUGGUUGAUUCUUGUCAAAAUAUUCUGAAGAAUACUGAAGAAAUAAAUAUA